AUAUAUUGCUGAGUUCAUAGUUAAAACUCACACCUUACAAAGUUACAUCAAUCAAAGAUCCAGCUUCUUAUCAACAAUCAUGUUGAAUAUGGCAAUGGUUGUCACUACAACUCUUGUUAUCUUCAUAUUGUGUUCUCAAUCAGUAGCUAUAUUACAGAAGAAGCUUCAGCUACCAUCACCAGUGACGGGUCCUGAGUCACUUGCAUUUGAUAGAAAUGGUGGAGGACCUUAUGUUGGCUCCUCUGAUGGAAGAAUUUUUAAAUAUAUUGGUCCAAAUGAAGGUUUCAAGGAAUACGCUUUCACUUCGCCAAACAGGAACAAGACAAUCUGUGAUGGGCUUGCAGAUUUCUCAGCAGUCCAAGCAAAAUGUGGAAGACCUUUAGGGCUGAGUUUCAAUCAUCAGACGGGCGAUUUAUACGUAGCUGAUGCUUAUUAUGGUCUUGUUAAGGUUAGUCCGGAUGGAGCAAAUGUAACUCAAUUAGUUGGACCUGCACAAGCCAAUUCUACUAAGUUUGCUGAUGGUUUGGAUGUAGAUUCCGACACUGGAAUCGUUUAUUUUACGGAAGCUAGCACCAAUUUCCAGCUCAAGGAUUUCCAGACACUGAUAACCAGUGGAGAUAAUUCAGGAAGCCUAUUGAGAUAUGAUCCAAGCACAAACCAAACGACGGUGUUGCUAAGCAAUCUUGCAGUGCCGUCUGGUGUGGCAGUAAGCAAAGAUGGCUCAUUUGUACUUGUUAGUGAAUAUCUAUCAAACAGAGUUCAAAGAGUUUGGCUGAAAGGACCAAGAGCAAAUUCAUCAGAAUUAUUCAUGUUACUUGCUGGAAGACCAGAUAACAUCAAGAGAAAUUCAAGAGGCCAAUUUUGGAUUUCAGUGAAUAGUUAUUUAGGACCACCAGGAUCCCCAAGACGUACGAUGUUGCCCGGAGGAAUCAAAGUGACUGAGAAUGGUUUAAUUUUACAGAUUGUAUCUCUUGGUGCUGAGUAUGGUACUCAACCAGCUAGUGAGAUUCAAGAGUAUAAUGAAACACUCUAUAGUGGCUCCUUGCUUGCUUCUUAUGCUAGCAUUUUUACCCCCUAGAGUAUUUUACUUACUGCUACACAUUUGUAUGCAUGGCUAUGAAAAAGUUAAUACAUGGGGACUAAAUAAAGAAAAUUAUUGAUCAAUAGAUAGUAGUGUGCGCGCGCGUGCGCAGUACACUUAAACUCAAA